CUUGUAUAUUUGUUUUGUUUAAUUGAAAUAUUUUAUCAUGCAAGUAAAUCAAUAAGAAUAAAUAAAUAUUAAUAUAAAAUAAAUUAUGAAAUGACAAUUUGAAAUUCUUUGUAUGGAGUAAAUGGAUAAAAAAAAUACUGACUUUCAAAUGAAGUAAGCUAUCCAUGUUAAAAGUAAAUAAUUAAACUAAUGUUAAUAUAUCGAGCUCUUUAACUAAGUGGUUUAACACAAAUUGUUCAUGUGAUGCCUAAGCUUUAGCUUAGUAUGAUAUAUAUACACAAAAUAUGAUGUUUAAACACAUUUUAUUUUGGUGAAAUGAAUAUAUUUUCAGCAUAAUUCAAUCAUAAAAUUCUUGAUUUCUCCUUUCCAAAUUUUAAUUUUUGGAAAGUAUUAUAUGCAAGGAAAAAAAUAUGAAACAAUAUAUUAAUCAUGAUAUUUGACCAUAAACUUAAUCAUUUCAAAAUUUUAAAUUGACUCAUAAUUUAUCUAUUACCAUUUAUGAUGAUUUUCUAAUUACAAAGUUAAAUGUGUGAUUAGAAUUAGUGAUUACAAUUUCAAAUAUUCACUUUCCAAUCAUCCAUGUUGAAAGUGAUUUUUUUUUAUGGAAUAUUUGAAAUAUUGAUUAUUAAAAAUGUUUAAAAAUGUUUUUUUAAUAUUAGUUUCCAUUCAUUAUUGAUUUCUUAUUCAUAUAUUCAUAUAAAAUAUUAUCUAACAUGUACCCAUAUAAAACUAUUGUAAUUUAAAAACUAUUUGAAAUGUUGAUUAUAUACACCAUGUGUAUUGAUAAAAUUAAAACUAUAAUCAAAAUCGUAAAUAUAUGGACAUAAUAAAAAUGUAUACUUUGCGAACAUUUAAAAGUUGUUUGACUAUCUUUUUGAUGAUAUAUAUUAUUCUUAAUAUGAAAAUUUUAUAUACAUAACUUAGUAUAUUUGGAAUUUAUAAUGCAGAUAUAUUUAAAAUUUGAAGAAAACAAUUGUUAUAUUGUGAAACGUAAUUUAUUAGCAAAUAUAUGAAUAUACCAUAAAUGAUUUGUAACAUACAAUUGUAUACAAUAUAUUCGAAACUAAUUAAUAUGAUCAAUGGUAAUUUAUGUAAUUAAUCUAGUAAACUAAUCCUUAUUAGAUAAAAGGGCUGAGAGUGAUUGUAGAACUGCCACGUGUAAAUGACACUCUUGUAAAUCACAUGAAGACAAGGUUUAUUCUUAAUAAUGUUCCUAUUUUAAUAUAUAAGGGAUAUAUCCCUAAUGCUCGUUAAAUAAUUGCGUAGAGUGAGUGAAUUAUUUACAUUCAAAGUUUAUGACGUAAGCAGUUCGAAAGAUAGACCUACAAUCAUAAGACCACCCGCAUCGGGGGUUUAUGAGAGAGUCACGGGCUCGGUAUCAUAGGCCUUAUCGAUUAAAAGAAAUAAAUAAAUGGGUUUCAACCCGUGAACCGGGUCUUCCAAGUGAGCCCGUAUGAUACGGGGUCAUGCCACGCGGCGCAGAGGGAGUGGCUACGCGAUCGCGCGGGUUGAGUGCAAAAAAAUGGGUUUCGCGUGAAAGAUCCCAUUUUCCCUUCUCUCUUCGAAAUCUAGGGUUUCUCCGUCUGUGAGGCGAUUUCGUGUCGGAGUCCAGAGCCGGAGAUUUUCUCGAUCAAUUCGCCGUCGGAGUCACUCGUAAACGCUCUCAGGUGAGUCUCAAUCACUCCGAGGACGAGAUAGCUUCGAUUUGAUCUCGAGAGGUUUCUAGGUUAAGGAAGUCGAUUUGGGGGUUUCGUCUUAGGGUGGGAAAUCGAGAAGGGGGUUUCGAUUUCUUGGUCAAAAUCGACAUACGGUUUCCUUUUAGGGUUCGUUUAUCAUGGAUUUCAUUUCGAUUUGGGGGUUUCGUGUAAGGGUUCGAAAUGUAAAAGGGGGUUUUAAUUUAGCACAUGAAUAUAACCGGACUUGGCUCUUUUAGAAUUGUUUUCAUGCAUGAUAGGAUUAGACCUUUGAACCGAAUUUUUGACAUAGCAAUAUAGAUAGCAUCAAUGGUUACUAGUCGAUUAACAGCUUCAAUAUGCUUUCUUGAAUGGAAAAACAAACCACAUUUUUGAUUUCUAUAGUUCUGUGGUCCUGUGUGGUCUAUAGUAGUUUGAUGCCAUUUUUUUUAAAUUGGAACUCGAUUAAUACAUGUAAUUGGAACUCGAUUGUUGCAGAUGGAAACUCCCCGAGAACCUCAUUUCUUCAAGCCUCUUCUUCCUGGUUUUCAAAGUGGCGUCGCAAUACCACUUGACUUCUACUCAAAACACAUACAAGGGGCUGAGAUCAAUAAACCAUGGAAGCUAAGAUCGGACGCUUCGGAUCAAAUUUGGGAGGUGAUCCGAGAAGGCAGGACACUCACCAAAGGUUGGAAAGAGUUCACCGAAGCACAUGAUCUUCGAAUCGGUGACAUUGUCAUCUUCAAACACGAAGGAGACAUGGUCUUUCAUGUGACUCCUUUUGGUCCUAGCUGUUGUGAGAUUCAGUAUACACAUCCUCACAUCGUUAAGGAAGAAGCCGACGCGGAUGAUGCUCCUACUUUCUCAUACGACUACUGCUUCUUGGCUGAGGUUACUCCUACAAAUCAAAAGGACGACAAAAUGUUUCUUCCUGUGGAAGCUAUGAGGUGUGGUGCUUUGAACCAACAAUGCAAAGAGGUCAAACUUGUCAACAAGGAGGGAAAGUCAUGGACUGCGCGCUUCGGAUUUAGCGAAUCAGACGGUGCAUAUUACAUCAGCAGAGGGUGGAGAAAGUUCUGUCGUGAUAACAGAUGCACCAACGGAGAUUUGUUUGUGUUCAACGUGGUUGGAGACGGGACGACAACUCCAUUACUGUGUGUAUGUCCGGAAAGGAAGGAGUGUACUGAACUACUGAUCAAGCACUUCAGCAGAAUCGAUGGUAGCAUUGCUUCUACCUCACGAAAUUAGAUGGCUCUUUUGCGGUCUUUCCUCUCUAUCAUCUUAACUUGUUUCUUUUUGUUUCAUUAGCAACUUAUCAACUUAUGUAUUUCGGUUUGUAAAACUUGAAUGGUUUUUCUAUGUGUACUUUUAUCCUAAGUUAAACAUUCUCGAA